AUGCCAGAAGAACAUGGGUGGAAAUGUGAGGAUACGGUUAGAUUUGUGGAGGCUCUAGCGGCGCAGAGUGCAUUGGAUCUCAUUGAUAUCAGCAGCGGGGGUAUUCACAACGCCCAAAAGGUGAAAGCCGGUCCAGCAUUUCAGGUGCCAUUUGCUGCCGCGGUCAAGAAGGCAGUUGGUGGUAAGAUGCUGGUGGCUGCUGUCGGAAUGAUCAACAACGGUAACUUGACUGAGAAGAUCCUCAAUGAGGAUCAAGUCGAUGUGAUUCUUGUUGGACGGGCAUUCCAGCGUGAUACAGGUCUGGCAUGGCAUUUCGCCAAGGACUUGGACGUCGAGAUCGCCAUGGCUGCUCAAAUCCGCUGGGGUUUUACCAGUUUCCGUAACGCUUCUGAAUACAUCCAGCCAAACUCGAUGAAGGCGUCUAUUUUUGACUAG